AUGUCGCGCAAUCGUGGAUCAGAAUGUUGCGAAUAUCGCGAAGAGAGGCGACGAUUGGCUCGGCAAAAAUUACGGACGACUAUGAAGGUAUCGAAGAAUGCGAAGAAAAAACUACUUAACGACUGUGACGACGACGAUGACGACGACAACGAAGAGGCCGAAAUCAAGCAAGAACGAAAAUGCGAAGAAAAAAGAGCUCAGCGCAUCGAAGCACUAACAAAGAUUUUAUCACUGGGCGAUGAAAUGAUCCGCAGGAUAAAACCGUCGAUCGAAGAAAGAGACAAAUAUUCCAUGAGUUAUCGUCACAUUCGAUGCUUCCUCGAACCCGCGGAAAUCGAAGAGAUGGAACUCGAGCAAAGAAUGCGUCGUUUCUUCAAAUGCAUGCCGUGCGAAACAAGUAAAUUCGACGAGGCGAAAGCGGUGGUCGAUGAAGGAGAAAACGAAAGCGAAAACAAAACAGAUUCAGCAACGGCGGAUGAAGAGGAAGAGCCCGAACCAAAAGAUGAGAAAGAAGAGCCUAAAAAAGAACAAGAAAAACCUAAAAACAAAGAAGAUAAACCAAGCAACAAAAGCGAAUUUUGGUGUCGCGAGGUGAAGAAAAAGCCAAAACUAAAACGAGAUGAACGACAAUUCGAACUAGAUUGCAAGGAUUCCAUAUGUUCGUUUGACAGUGAAUUCGAUCUGACGGGUAAAAUUUUAUUCAACGAUGAGAAUUAA